AUUUUUUUUAAUUGUGCGUAAAGUCGUGCGAAGUUCAAUAAAAAAAAACGAUAAUGAAAUCCGUCGCGGUUCUUCUAUUAGCCGUUGUGGCUUACGUGGUGGCUGCUCCCCAAUACACGGAGGAGUACUUCCAAGUGCACCAAGAGUGUCAGGCCGACGACGUCUACCGUAUCGUCGACAUGUCGGUGUUCUCACAACUCGAGUUCGAGAAAAUCCCCGCCAAGGACGUCCAGUUCCCUAGCAACUUCAACGACCACAUGUCUUGCAUGUACAGCAAGCUCGGCCUGUUCGACGACAAUGGCGACAUUAUCGUAGACCUCGCCGCCGAAAAACUCAAAACCUUCUUCAGCAACCAAAAUUUGGCACCUCAAAUCGUUACCGCUUGCGGUGGUAUCGCCAACGCUUCUGAUGACUUGGCCGAAACCUCCGGCCUGUUCUAUUUGUGCAUUUUGGAUUACUUUGCCUAAGGUUUUGCUUUUGUUUGCACAGACGAAUAAGAAAUAAACAUCUAUUUUAA